UUUCUUUUGAUUAGGAAGAAGUCUCUGCAGCGAUGUCCGAGACCGCUCCCGCCGCCGCUCCCGCUGUCGCGGCCCCCGCCGCCAAGGGCGCUGCCAAGAAACCGAAGAAAGCGGCGAGUGGCUCCAAAGCCCGCAAGCCAGCCGGUCCCAGCGUCACCGAGCUGAUCACCAAGGCCGUCUCCGCCUCCAAGGAGCGCAAGGGGCUCUCACUCGCCGCUCUCAAGAAGGCGCUGGCCGCCGGAGGCUACGAUGUGGAGAAGAACAACAGCCGCAUCAAGCUGGGGCUUAAGAGCCUCGUCAGCAAGGGCACCCUGGUGCAGACCAAGGGCACCGGCGCCUCCGGUUCUUUCCGUCUCAGCAAGAAACCCGGAGAAGUGAAGGAGAAAGCUCCCAAGAAGCGUGCAGCCGCGGCCAAGCCGAAGAAGCCGGCGGCCAAGAAACCCGCCAGCGCUGCGAAAAAACCCAAGAAGGCUGCAGCUGUGAAGAAGAGUCCCAAGAAAGCCAAGAAGCCGGCGGCCGCGGCGGCCAAGAAAGCAACCAAGAGCCCCAAGAAGGUGACUAAGGCGGCCAAGCCGAAAAAGGCAGCGGUAGCCGCGAAGAGUCCGGCCAAGGCGAAGGCGGUGAAGCCUAAAGCAGCCAAGCCCAAGGCAGCGAAGCCGAAAGCAGCCAAGGCGAAAAAGGCAGCUCCCAAGAAGUGAAGAGUUGAAAGUGGAUAUACUUAAACCCAACGGCUCUUUUAAGAGCCACCCACUACUGUCCGAAAAAGGGCUGAUACACUCCGCCACCGAGCUCUGUGUCUGCAGGGGAGCUAACUACACACCACUAUCUGUGUGGGACGUUUUGUCUGUGAAGUGGAUGGGACGAGAAACUUCCGGCCGUGGUUACGCUACGGCUCGGAGAAAUAAAAGUGUACAUUCCCUCGGAAAA